AUGCCCAAGGCUUCAAAGAGGCAGAAGGAGAAGAAGGCCGACUUUCAGAAGACCAAGCUCAAGCUCGGCAAAGGGAAGCAGGCUGCCAACAAUGCUACCGACGUCUCCUUCAAAGCCAAGACCAUCGCCUUACCGCAACAAUCGAUCAAUGUGGACAAAUCCGGCAAGCUAGUCAACUCUCGCAACCUUACAACAGCAGAUCUUGCGCUACAGCUUCGUCACUACUCGGCAGGCGUUCGACGAGAUGCUGUCUCGGGCAUCAAAGAGAUCCUCACGCUUCAUCCGAGUCUGAUGCUGACAGACGCAGCACCGCUCGUGCCCGAACUCUCACGAUGUGUUGGCGACGACGAUGCAGCAGUCCGAAAGCAGCUGCACGCUUUGCUGCUGUGGAUGCUCCCGCAGAUCCCCGCUCAGCUGCUUGGUCCCUACCACAACACACUGCUCCUCUUCACUACUUCUGCUCUCAGCCACAUCUAUCCCGAGGUGCGCCUCGAUGCCAUCAAGAUCCUCGACGUUUGUCUCGAUGCACUGCCACACAUCGCGACUGUAGGCUGGGAGAACGCGGUCCACAAGAUGGCGAAUGCCAUCUCGUCGGCUGCUCACGGACCGACCCAGUCCAAUCCAGCCGGACCAAGCAAUGCAUCACACCAGCCCCAUGGAGAGCGAAUCAUGAACUGCUACCUCAAUCUUUUGGGCAUCACCCAAAAGUCAGGCUCAGCCGCUUCCAUUACUGCCACUGAUCUUGCACCUGGCGCAAAGCUCCUCAUCAUCAAGUCUCUCAGAUCUUUCUUGACGUAUGCACUUCGAUCGACCUCCAGGGACAGUUCGGAUGGCGACGAUGCACAGAGCUGCCCGACUUGGUUCUUCCGGUCCGCCUUUGCUUCUUCGGCCGAGUACGAGUACUUUCAGCGCAUCCUCACCCGUCAUACCGUUCCUGAACGAUCGCGUUGCAUCUCUGUCAGACAAUCGAACGAGGUCGACUCGCAGACGAGCACUUCAACGUCCUAUUCGGACUGGCCCUUCAUAGAGCAAGCAGCGAAGUCCCUCAUGGAUCUGACGACCUCUUCGGGCGCUUCGCUCAAUCAGUCCGACCUCUUCACCUCUCUUCACUCCGCACUCGGUUUAAGGCCUUCGUCUCCGUCGGAUAUGUCGCGAUCUUCCUCCGGCAAGCAGACGCAAUCGGCUGCGUUGUCGCUGUACACUCUUCUAGACCCCGUGCUGCUCGCAUCCUUCCUCGAUACCGCCCCGUCCGCUUUCCAACCGGAUCUCGAUCUUUCGCAGCAAUUUCGCGGUCAGAACGUUGGGCUCUCCACUCCUGCACAGCUCAUCUUCGAGCUCAUCAGUCUCAUUCUAGCUUUGUGGCGAGGCUCUUCAUCUUCUGUGCGUACCCAGGCUCGAACGUCGCUCGCCAACAUGCUCGGCCACAUCUCGGUCUACUUUCCCUUCAGCCACAGGACCGGAUCCAGCGGACUCUCGGCAAAAGCGAAAUCGGCCGUCGUCCAGAUCGACCUUGCCUAUGCUGAACUGGCAGCCCUGUUGGCCCUCAGCAAUACCAAGCUCGACAAAGUCAAGUCCAAGUUCAACGCCGAGGUGCAAAUCGCCUCCGUGUCUGCCUUCAUUGCCGAGCUUCUCUCGACACCCAUGACAGAGAGCGGCACCGUCUCCCUUGCAAGCGUCGGUGCAUCCGCAGCCAGCGUUCUGGAUCCCGACACGUUCCGUGCUCUGCUUCCGACUCUGUGGUUCCUGCUGGGCUCGGAACACGAUACGCUACUAGACAGCUUGCUUGCUAGCUACCACGCCCACGCCACACAGCAUCGCGUCAAGCCGGUUCUCUUCGAGUUUCUCGCACGUGCUUUCCUGCUUUCCAAGGUGAGGGCAGAGACGCCUUUCACGAUAAGGGAACGCGAUCGCAUCCUGGAGAGCCUGUUGUCGACGCUACCUCGCAGCCUGUGGGAGGCUUCCUCUUCCACCGCUGGCCACGCAUUCGCCGCGGUGCAACUCGAAUUCCUGCACUUUCUGCUAUUGCUACCCUCGCCACCCGCCACGCUCGCCUGCGAAAAGCUUGGUCCAUUCUACUGGAUUCGUCACCCCACCAAGAAGGUCUCGGGACCUGGCCCCUUCAGCAAGCUUCCACGCAUAAGCUGCAAGCUCGCCAUCGAUCUCAUCUCCCUCUUGAAGGGUCGUGAUGAAAAGCUCGACAAAGCUAUGUCUCAAGCGCUGCAGUUUGUGCAGAAUCAGGCGUAA